ACUUCGCUGACAAACAACAAAAGAGACUGCAAUAGAGUUGAGCUCUGAAAAUCUUCGUAGAAAGUCGCAAAACAACAAAAAAUUAAAUGUGUGGCAUUAGUUUUAUUUAAUUCGAUUUAAAACGUAAAAAACCACAAUUCAAAUUGCAAAAAUUACGUCGUAAGACGUCCGGGCCUCCGCCGAAACCAUAACAGACAGCUGAAGACUGAUUUGGGGUCGAGUGAACCUCUGGGAUUGUGCGUGACGAUUGUUACUGUUGCUGUCAGAGCAAAAUAAAGAGUGACAAAUGGCCGGGUCUGCGCUGAGAAGGCUUAUGGCGGAAUACAAACAGUUGACCCUGGACCCACCAGAGGGCAUUGUGGCUGGUCCCGUGAGUGAAGACAAUUUUUUCGAGUGGGAAGCGCUGAUAGCUGGCCCUGAAGGAACUUGCUUUGAAGGUGGUGUAUUUCCAGCGCGUCUCCUAUUUCCGCCAGACUAUCCGCUGAGUCCACCGAAAAUGAAAUUUACCUGUGACAUGUUCCACCCCAACAUUUUUGCCGAUGGACGAGUUUGCAUAUCAAUAUUACAUGCACCUGGUGAUGACCCCAUGGGAUACGAAUUGUCUGCCGAACGGUGGAGUCCAGUGCAAAGCGUAGAAAAAAUUCUACUAAGUGUUGUUUCGAUGUUGGCGGAACCAAACGCAGAAUCGGGUGCUAAUGUAGAUGCAGCUAUAAUGUGGCGUGAACGACGCGAAGAGUUCAACGAAAUCGCCAAACGUUUAGUGCGUAAAACACUCGGUAUACCAUCAUAAAAUAGCCAAUGGAACGACUACAAUCAAAACGAUAACGACAUUAAGGACACUGUAUUACUCCUUCCACAAAAGAGAUUCAUUCGAACAUCGCGACGCAAAGAACGGAAGUAAUGUUUAAUACAGCUGACUGACACCUACACACACAAAGCGCGACUAAAAUCAGUUAACAGCAAGCGAAAUUUAUAUAAUUGGCGUUUGAAAAAACAACCAAAAGCAUCUAUUUGUUUGAAACUAUUAAAAAUAUAUAAAUACUUAUAUUGUUCUCGCAUCUUGAUUUUUAAA